GAUUCUUUCACAACCGCAGGGUGACGGUACACUUCUGAUCUACUUCAGUCCUUGUAGUUUUCGUACGACCCAGGUCUCGGCAGAUUCAGUUUACUUGCAUGGCAAAAAGACGUUGUUUGUGAAAUCCCAAUCCGUUAUUUCUUUACGCAUCCUGAGUCGUGUGUCCAAAAGCUUCUAAAAUCAAUACGAAACACGAACCGCAUUCACUUUCAGCACGACAGGAGCACAAAACCUGAACCAUAAAAUGGCGUGCGCAGGAGCGUUGCCAAGACGCAGGAGCAGUGCGCUCCUUGCAGCCUCCACCGUCGGCGUCGAGCGGCUCUCGGUUUUAUUCUCUGCGGAAUUUCUCUUCCCGGGUGAAGAACUAGGUCGUGGUGUAAUGAUUCUUCCGGCCGCCGGGGUGGACGUGGACCGUCGCUUCCUAACGCGUCAGGAAGACAAGAAUUACCGCCUCCGCGGGAACACGAACGAGCAGGGAAACAGCAAGAAUUAUGCAGCUGGGUCAGCAGCACUUCUGCAAGUGGAAGCGGCCGAGGGGAGGAACCUGCUUCCACUUGUUUUUAGAAAGCGCAGCGGCGCCGGCUUUCUGGAACAGCAAAGUACGAGGAUGAAGGACAGUGACACGGCAUCCACAUCAGGCCGGGGAAGAGGUGGUGGGCGAAACGGCGGUAACGGCAGCGGGGGCAAUUGGCGUGAGAUUAAAGACGCGAACGGCGGUGCGGGGAAGAAUUCUGGGAGCAAAGGAGAAGGCGGAAGCAAAGGCGGAGGCCGAGAUAACGGAGCUGCAGGGGAGGGCGCCGGACAGGGCGGACCAAUCGGACAGCAGGGCCAGGAGGCACAGCACCAGCAGGGCACAGCCCAGAGUCAUUCUGCAACCGUGGUCUCGCAUGCAGAUGCAACCGAAGCGACCGCCGCGGGGGGAGUCGAAAAAACACAAGAAGCGCAAGCUGAAGAAGUUCUUAUCAAGCAGACUUCCGGUGAAGUCGGCCACCACGGGGGUCACCAGACCGGCGCAGGCCAGGCGGGGCACGGCGGAGAAAUCGUGGCGCACCAGGAACGCCAGAUUGUUGGCGACCCAAAGAAAACCUCCUCUUCUCCACCAGCGGAGCCCGCGCCGCCACUCGACGACCCGGAGGACAUCGAGUGCGCGCGCAAAGCCGGGUCGGAACAGGAGUGCGAGGGCGCGGACCCGGCGGCGCAGCGGUGCUUUUUCCGCCCGGCGUUCUCGGACCCCACGGGGCGCACGGACGAAAACGGGGCCCCCUACGUGUACCCCGCGGAGUGUGUGGGAGGGAAAAACGGGUGCGACGCGGUCAGCGACCAGCUUUCCUGCGACCAGUUGCCCGUGUGCGCCUGGGUGGACUCCACGGACGAAGUGUUGCUCGGCGCGCGGGUGGCGGGGUUUGCAUUUUUGCAGCCUCACAUGUUGGGCGAACUCACCCCGCAAACGUCGCCCUUCCAGGCGCUGGACACCAGCGGGGGGUUGCUGAAGGAAAGACUCCCCGACGACCGGGAGAGCCGACCGCACGCCGAGCAGUGGUGCACGGCGGUGAAGCACCUUGGCACCUGCGCAAUGUUUUCAGCGAACGCGGAGCAGUGUGUGCGGCACGGGUGUCCCGGCGUUCCCAUGUACCGGCUCGACGCCCCGGCCUCCUCCUGCACCGGCACGCUGGGCGAUAACCUCGUUGCUGGCGCGCCGCCCAGCCUCGGGCCCUGCUGCUUCCGCUUUGCGUUCGGCACCGGAGUGGAGCAAGGAGGUUCGGCGCCGGCGUUGAAGAUCGUGAGUUGCAGUGCCGGAGAAGACCCGGAGGCCCCCGACGGAGAGUUUGGUCCGGUGCAUGAGGCGGACAUCUGCCCGCGUGAUGUGGCCGAGGCGCAGGAGUGGGUUGUGUCUGGUGCUGAGGGAGGUGAAAGUAGUUCGAACGCGGCGGCGACCACUUCGGGGGGCCAGACGAGCGGAACUUCUGGUACUAAUGGCCCCGCUUCGUCUUUAUCCACCGGGAUGAGCAAUAGCAACGGGGGAAUUUUGUUCAGCAGUGGACAACAAGUGACCAACGAAUGCGAGGGGAAAACAAGCUCGCGGGAGGACUGCGAGGCCGUGGUGGACAGCACCGGCGGGGCAUUGUGCUGGUUUCAGGCGGAAGUGACUUCUUCGCCGGACGGCGGUCCAGCCCAGCCGGCCGCCUGCAAUGCCUGGAGCGACCCCGCCCUCGCGAAGAAGGGCUGUCGGCAGCAGGGGUUUGCUACUGCCGACUCCUGCGACGCGUCUCCGCACUGCGUCUGGGUGGACACCGCGGACGCGGAGAAGCUAAACGUGCAGCUGGGACACGAGUUGCUUGCGGCCCAGGAACUCGGACAGGAGGGAGUCGCACUGAAAGAGGCCCUGGAUGCACAGGCCAACGGCCUACUGACCGAAUCCGCCUACUGUGUCGCGAAGGCCAUGCUGCGAACCUGCGACCUAUUUGCCUACAACUCGGCGCAGUGCGUGCAGCACGGGUGCGCGGAGUAUCCGAUUCAGGCACUAGACGCGCCGACUGCAGCCUUUGCGACUUGCAAGGGCGAGCUGGGCGCGUUCUACAAAAUUCCCUUUGGCAGGGUCGUGACGCUUGACACGCCGUGCGCGGACCGGCUGCCGACUGUGGAAUCCUGCGAACUGGCGGAGGAGGGAGAGCAGAGCAAGUGCUGGUUGGCGCCAGCGGGAGGGGAUGCGAACUCGCCCUGGGCGGUGUGUCACGAGUGGUCCGAGGACACGGAGCGGGCGGGGUGCGCGGCAAAGACCGGGGUCUGCGACGCGCUGAGCUCUUGCACGAUGCAAGACUUCUCCGCGGCCGCCGUGUUCGACAAGGAAAUUUUGACGGAUCUAGGCAAGGCGUUGCUGACGGAGCUCGAAAGCGUCUGCCUGAACCAGCUGGAAGCCGAUGGGUUGGCGGUCGCGAAAGCUUGCGUUCCCGCCUCGAAGCUGGAGACCUGCGAAUCGUUUUCGGGGAACGCAAUGGCGUGUGUGCGAAAGGGAUGCGAAAAAUUUCCCACCAAAGAAGAUCCGACCUGCACGGGCACGUGGGGAGCGAACCUAUAUCGGACGGAAAUCAGUCGUUUGGCUUCAUCCACUUGUUUUUGAAUUUGCGAAGAAGUGUUGACAUUGGAAAUACAAAUACUUGUGAUUACAGAAUCAAUGCCUAUGUUGCCUCCAAUGCCACAGCGUGCAAGCACACAUAUCAAUAGAUGACUGGCAUGCUGGCUGAAGAGCCGUGUAAGGUAUAGAAUGAAUGGCUCUUCUUGUAGUAUUGAGACAUGAAAAGGCUUCACCUGUUUGAAGCCUGUUGAUGUACGUGUAUCUUGCAUGUUACUCUAGUGGGUUUGUGGUGAUGAAAGUCAAGGAUGUUCGUUUCGAUAAUCGCGUUGCCAGUGGCGCACCUGGGGACGACAGGGGGACAACCACAAACACAACGAAUGCGACGACGGACGGUUCAUUGUGCUGCUAG